GUGUCCUAUAUUUGAAAAUGGGCGCUAGAAUAAUAUUUCUUAAAACAUUUAUUUUAUCACUUAUAUCUCUAUCGGUGGAAUAUAAUGUUUCAGAGGAGAUUAAGUUGAGGUCUAGUAGUGAUGGUGAAGACGGUAAAAGUAGUUUGGUGUUCGUGUUCGAUACAACGGGCUCCAUGUAUAAUGAUUUAAGGCAGCUGCGAGAGGGCGCCGAAAUGAUCUUACAGACUGCGCUAGAGGAGAGCAACGUAAUUGCUGAUUUUGUGUUCGUUCCUUUUCACGAUCCAGCGGUCGGCCCUGCAACGGUUACGAAAAGCAAGCUGGUGUUCAAAUCGGCGUUGAACAUAGUAAGAGUGUACGGCGGAGGGGACUGCCCCGAAAAAUCACUCGGUGGUAUUCAGUUGGCACUCAACGUGAGUCGGCCUCGCUCUUUCAUAUACGUGUUCACCGACGCCACAGCAUCCGACCAUCGGGAUGUCGGGAAAGUUCUGGAAACCAUUCAGAGGAAACAGAGUCAGGUAGUAUUCGUAUUGACCGGCCACUGCAAUGACCUGAACAAGCCGCACUACAAGGUGUACCAACAGAUAGCCGCCGCUAGCUUUGGACAAGUGUUUAACUUGAAUAAGACCAGCGUUCAUAAGGUGCUGGAUUUUGUACGUAGCUCUAUCAAAGGCAGGAGUGUGAAUUUAGCGUCGGCUGUCAACCCUCCCGGAUAUAAUUAUACCAAACAGAUUCCAGUGGACAAAUCAGUGAGCGAAGUGACGGUGUCUGUGUCGGGAGCGAACCCUCAGAUCCACGUUAUCAACCCCAGCGGCGAGGAGAUAACGGGCCCGCCGCAACUUGUCACCACUUUGGACCUCUCUGAGAUAAUGAUCGUGAAAGUGCUGAACCCUGAGCCGGGCGCGUGGAGCGUGCGCGUCGGCAGCGCCGCGGAACACUCGGUGAAGGUCGCCGGCCUGUCAGAUGUGACGUUUGCGCACGGAUUUAGCGUCAGCCCGCCCGCAGACAUGGCGGAAACCAGCUAUAGGCCGCUGCAGGGGGCCUACAAUCAUCUGCUAAUAUCACUGACUGGGACGGACCGACCGUUGCAAGUGCAGAGUGCAGACAUACUCAGUCUUACGGGUGAAACUAAGUUCGAAGUUGCUCUCAAGGACAUCGGCAACGGAAUCUACAAAGCCGAUCCCUUUAUACCACCUGAGGACUUCUUUUAUGUCGCUGUCCGUGGAAGAGAUGAAUACGGUCAGGAAUUUAGAAGAAUUGGCUCCACAGCAAUACAAUCUAAAGCGCCAGAUGUCCCAUAUCUUGAUGCACCGAAGAAAAUAUCGGCGCGUCGCCACGAGCUAGUGGCAGUUGUAUGUCACGCGGAGUCGCUCGUGCCGAUCGCCGUGACGUGGGCUCGGGGGGACGCGCGCCUGCGCAACACGCAUAGCCUACAGAGCACAUCUCUAGAAUUAGUUAUUGAGGACAUGAGCGAAGCCGACGAGGACUCGUAUGAUUGUGUGGCGGUGAAUGUUGCAGGAGCUAGUAGAGUCACUACACUCAUAGAAUUGAUUGUGGACGAACCAGAAGUAAAAGUAUCGGCUUCAAAACUGACAUUCACAGAGAACGAAAAUCUUACUGUAUCCUGCACUAUAAUCAGUGAAGCCUUUCUGAUCAGUGCUCAACUGCAAUUUCAGGGUGAACAUAAAAAUUUCGUUACAAAAUUACAGAUUAAUCCUAACAGUAACGGUGUUUAUAGUUUUGAAAAAUCUAUACCUAAUGUGAGUAGUGCGGAUGCUGGAACAUACACAUGUAUUGCAGCCAAUAGAGGUGGGCAAGCAAACCAAUCAUUGGAAGUGGUGGUUCAAACCAAACCUACAGCUCAAAUACUAGGACCGCAUACUCUGGUAAGGAGUGAACAUACGGACUUACAGGCGGUUUGCCACGUCGAAAACGCUUUGGAAAUUCACUGGGUGGAUCAAAAGCGAGCUAUUACAAAGACUGAAAAUGUUCACGGUUCUUCUAUAUCGACGCUGGAUAUAAAGAAUAUUACCGAAGAUGGAGUAUGGGCGUGUGUUGCUGUACGGAAUAACUAUACAGCCUCAGACAAAAUAGAAGUAUCGGUGUUAUACAAACCACGAGUUCACAUCGAAGGACCGAAGAACAUAACUAUACUAAACGGCACCACACACGAAGUGGUCUGUACGAUGUCCGCCAAACCGCCACCCCGAAUAUUGUGGCAUAUGGAGACUGAGAGGUUUUUGGACAACACGGUAACUCAAGUGGAGCCGAAUGUAUAUAGAAGUAUACUAACUCUGAACAGCAGUGAAGAGAACGUACAAGCGAUGUUUUUCUGCGUGGGAGAGAACUCAGAGGGCAUUCAUCAAGACAGCAUCAACGUUAAUGUGCGACGAAAGAUGAAACUCAUCAACGGAUUUUCUGAUCUAUCGCCAGACUUAUAUUCAAAAGUGCAUUUGCCUUGUGUAGUUGACUCGUAUCCUCUACCCAAAAUAAGAUGGUACCAUAACAACACCGCCCUGCAAUUUGAUAGCAAUGUAGAGAUCCCUGAAGUUGAUUCUUCCAUUGUAAUCAAGAGAGUAGACUUUGAGAAUUUGGGAAACUACAGAUGCGUCGCUGAAAACGGUUACGAAAAUAUUACUGUGACUGGGAACUUGGAAGUUCGUGGGCUCGAAGCGCCAUCUAUCGUGAAAGAAGUUAGAAAUAUUGUGGCGAAGAAAGGCGAAACCCUCAGUUUCACAUGUAGAGUAAUACAAGGAAAACCAAAACCUUCUUUAAAAUGGGAAUAUAAGAACUCGUCAAAAUUUACUUCUGCACCAAAGAAUAUAAUAAACGGCGACCGAAUUGAUAUAAAGUCUGUGAAUAAGGAACAUGCAGGGUUGUAUAGGUGCACAGCUGAAAAUGUCAUCGGUAUUGAUACUUGGGACUUGAAGCUUAAUGUUCAAUAUCCGCCCGAGCAUAACAAAUCCCGUAGCUCAGCACUGGAAGGUCCGCUGUCAAUGAAAGUGGGGAGCCAAACGACAUUAAGUUGUGAAUUCCACGCAAAUCCUAUGCCCAUAGUCGUUUGGACUAAAAACUCCAAACCUUUAGCCUUUUCUAAUCGCAUUUUUUUAAAGGACAAUGGCGAUUUAGUAUUAGAGAAUGCCAGUGAAACUGACUCUGGAAUAUACACUUGCAACGCGACCAACUCAGUUGGGUCCAGUCAUAAGAAUUUCACUGUAAAUGUUUUCAUGGCACCCAUAAUAACUGUAAGGGGUUCAGAACUAGAAGUAGAAGUGCUAGAAGGUCAGUUGGUGGAGCUACCUUGCGCCGCCGCCGGCGUCCCUGCGCCGCAUAUUCACUGGGUACAUAACGGACAACGUGUUGUUCAGCCGAGAAAACGAAUUGACGAGAGCGGAUUGAGAUUUAUUGCGAAUUUGACCGACUUUGGAGAAUACAGCUGUAUUGCGACUAACGAACACGGUGCAGCGACUCUGAAUUACACUGUAUUUGUUUGGGUGGCUCCGUUUAUCAAGGGGGUUUCAAAAGAAAUGUUAAACGUAAGGGUCGGUGAUAACGUUAGUCUCGAGUGCGACGCUGUGGGUUUUCCCGUUCCCGAAGUGUUGUGGGAGUUCCAGAAUAAUCUCUUGACUGAAAACUCUAGUAAUAUCUUUUUCAACGAUGUGGGUGACCUAUCCAUACACGGUGCGAGCGCGGCGCAAGAGGGCGUGUACGCGUGCGUCGCUCAGAACAUUGCGAGAACCGCGACUAAGAUCUUUCAUGUUCACAUUAUCGAAGCUCCGCAGUUCAUAACCGAGUCCCGCAGCGAGCCGUACGUAGCGAGCACGGCGGACAGCGCGCUCACACUGACAUGCCGCGCCGCCGGCAGACCCGCCCCCUACGUCUAUUGGAUUAAAGACGGAUACUACUUAGACAAAGAUUCCCGAUACGAAGCAGAUUUUUAUGGAACUCUAACUAUAAAUAAUCCGACGGAAGAUUUAAGCGGGAUCUAUACUUGUCUAGCUAAAAACGCAGCUGGCAAUAUUACUAAAGAUAUACCUGUUGAAAUAUAUCCACUGCACAGUCAAAUGUCAGCUGAUCUAAGACAACCAAGUUCUAUAACAGUGCUAGAAGGGUCUGAUGUUAAUGUAGAGUGCCCCAUAGCCCACCAUACAGACGACGUUAAAUGGUACAAGGAUGCAAUUUUAAUAGCAAACGGAUCUUUAGCAAUCCAAAACGUAUCGCGAACAAACGCCAGUACAUACGCUUGCGUUGUUAAAAACGCAGUUAGUUCUGCCUUUGCUGAAGUGUACUUGGACGUGCAGUGGCCUCCGAAAUUCUUGACCAAUGAGACUCUUGAGGUGGAUGUGAUAUCUGGUGACGAUUCCUAUUUCAACUGUGAUAACGAUGCCAAACCAUCAGCUAAGGUAAAAUGGCUCUUCAAAUCGAAACCAAUACUUGGCGAAGAUAAAUCUAAACUCAAGUUACUGAACGUACGAUUAGCUCAAACGGGUAUUUACGGAUGUGUCGUGAGGAAUGAACAUGGAACUGUAAACCGACAGUACAAUUUGAAUGUUCUAGAACCGCCUUAUUUAUCAAGAGUUGAUGAAUUGGAUGUGACACUCAAAAACGGUGUAAACGCAACGUUAGAAUGCAACGCCAAAGGUUCUCCUAAACCUAACAUAACUUGGAUAUAUAACAAUACUCUUUGGAGAGUAGAAGAUUCAAAGCUUACAGCCGGUAAUGUUACCAAAGAUGGGGAGGGCUAUUUCCGUUGUGAUGCGACCAAUCGUGCGGGCAGGACGCACAUUACGUACCGAGUGUCAAUAGUGGCGGCGCCUACGAUCACGCAAUUUUUGCUUUUCGUGGAUGGACAACCUGAAGCCGCUAAUACUACUGUUGAUAUUGUCGUAGGUUCAAAUGCUAGAAUAGCGUGUCAAGCGUCUGGCAACCCUCCUCCAUUAAUUCAAUGGUUACGACAUGGUAAUACUGUCAGUCAGAAUGCAAAUGAAAUCGCAUACGCUGACUUAAUGCUGACCAAUGUUAGUAUGUCAUAUUCUGGAGAAUAUCAUUGUUUAGCAUCCAACGAUGUCGGAUAUACCCAAGAGAAGAUUAAAGUAAACGUAUUAGAACCGCCAAGAAUUUUCCAGUCACUAUUCGAGAAUGCAAACACAUCACAGAAGGAAGUUAAUUUAGAGGUACUAUCUGGCCAAGCCUUCUUCAUGCAGUGUCAUCCAUAUGGUAAUCCCAUACCCGAAGUGUACUGGUUUAAAGACGGUAUUCCUCUGAAUUUGUAUGACGAUGCCAUGGUGUCCACUGACUUUGGUGAAGUCAUAGUCACGAAUGCCGCCAAAUCGGAACAUUCUGGCAAUUACACUUGUGUUGCCAGAAAUAAAGUCGGCGAGAGCAGUACUGUUUACUUGGUGAAUGUUUUAUCACCACCACCCAAACAAAAAGAAGAUAAAAUAUCUGUAACACAAUCUUAUGGUAAACCCUUAAACUUAACGUGUCCUUGCGAAGGCACACCUCGGCCCUACGUCGCAUGGAUAAAACUACCAUACACUGAGAUAGCUGAAUCAGACAGAAUUAACUUAUUUAAUGACAACUAUACGUUGAUUAUAAACAAGACUCGAGUGUCCGACAGUGGAAAAUAUUCGUGCAUCGUGACUAACAAAGUUGGUACCACCGAAAUAACGUUCGACGUGACUAUUGAGAGAGCGCCAUCCAUAGUUGGUAAUACACCGGAUAAUAACACCGAAACACACCAGGUGGCGCUUGGGAGAAGUGUUGUGUUGAAAUGUGAUGUUAUUGGACAUCCAGCACCGAAUAUAAGUUGGCUCAAGGAUAUCCAACCACUAAGCCCACAAGUGGGUAGUGUGGAAUACAUAUUGAACGGUAGUGUGGUGACCGUAUGGAGCGUACGCGCUCGCCAUUCCGGUGCGUACGCGUGCGUCGCACAGAACUCCGCCGGCAUUGCUCAACGACGUUACGACGUUAUAGUCAAAGUCCCUGGCAAAUGGAGUGGGUGGUCUGAGUGGUCCUACUGCAACGUAACGUGCGGUCUCGGCUACCAAGUACGGUCCCGACUGUGCCAGUAUGUGGAUGAAGAUAACAACACUUAUGAUACAAGCAAUCAUCCGGAGAAGAUAAUUUUGGACGAGACAACGUGUAAAGGAUUGAAGAACGAUAGCAGAAAAUGUCACAUGCCGGCGUGUGAGGUCCCAGUGUCUGGCGGGGGUUGGUCGCGUUGGUCCGCUUGGGGUGCGUGCUCGGCGACGUGCGGUGCGGGCUCGCAGAUGCGUGCGCGCCGCUGCCGCCGACCACCGUGCUCGCCCGCUGACAACUUGCAGAUACGAAAAUGCCCGAACUUGCUUAAAUGUGAAGAUUCCGCCAUAAAAACCAACAACGUUUACAACAGUUUUGAAGAUGUUAUUAACUCACCGGAGUAUACGCCUGAAACAACAUUCGAAAUGCAGCCCGAAAAUGUGGAUUCAUAUGAGUUUGAUGAUGAGUUGGAGUAUAACGAAAAGCCUAUCGCGGAACCAUUACAAACGAUAUUUUACGAUAUAAAUGUAACUGAGAAUCUUGACGGCAGCAGCAGAGGUCCCUGCAAAGUUGGUUACCGUUAUACAGCCAAUGGUUAUUGUGAAGAUGUAGACGAGUGUGCAGUAGCGGGUAACCAGUGUCACGCGACGCAGGCGUGCGCGAACGUGGCGGGCGCGUACCGCUGCGGCUGCGAGCGCGGAUACCACUCGCUGGGGGCCGGACAACGCUGUCUAGACGUGAACGAGUGCGAGCUGGGCGUUUCGGGGUGUGAGUGGGCGUGCGUGAACGUGGCGGGCGGAUACGUGUGCGCGUGCCCGCCAGGACACCGUCUGCGACAAGACCGCCGGACUUGUCGACCUCCGCCGACCAGCCGUAACUCGUAUACCAGGAAUGAAGAUGAAAACUAUCUUAGCACGUCCAUUGUUAAUCCGACUCGAUAUUUUGGGACGAGGAUAUAAAAAGAAAACAUAAUUACC